AACGACCAAAAAAACAAGAGGGUUUAACUAGCUAGCUAAGCUUACCACCUACUGUGCUACUACUAGUCGUUAAGUGAGAAGAGAUUAAAUUUUCCCAAGUCUUUUUUGUAGCUGCAGAGAAAAAAUCAAUGGCUACUUCCCAUUUUCUCUUAGUAGUCAUCUUCUUUAUUACUUCUUUAUUCCAUGUUCCUAAGUUAUGUUUAGGUUUGAAUUUAAAAAAACAUUUGAGCUUACUGUCAGGUGUUCAACCACAUUGGGCUUCUGCCGGUGCUACUUGGUACGGCAGUCCAUAUGGUGCCGGUAGCAAUGGUGGAGCAUGUGGGUAUGGAGGGACGGUAUCGCAAGACCCAUUCUCUUCAUUGGUUACGGGAAUUGGACCUUCUCUCUAUAAGUCCGGUAAAGGCUGUGGAAGAUGUUAUAAGGUUAAAUGUACAAAACACCCUUCCUGUUCGAAGAAACCGGUGACAGUAGUAAUCACAGAUUAUUGCCCUGGUGGGACUUGUGCUGUUGGAUCUGCACACUUUGAUCUUAGUGGGACUGCAUUUGGUGCCAUGGCAAUUCCUGGCCAAGAGGAACAUUUACGUGAUGCAGGAGUUAUAGAAAUUCGUUAUGCUCGAGUUGCAUGUGAUUAUCCAGGGAAGACAAUAGCUUUUCAUGUUGAUGCGGGUUCAAAUCCUAACUACUUCGCCGUUGUUAUCCAAUUCGAAGAAGGGGAUGGUGAUCUUGCCAGUGUAGAAAUCAUUGAAGAGUCAUUAACAAAUGAUAGUAACGAGGAAUGGUUGUCACUGCAACAAUCGUGGGGUGCAGAUUGGAAAAUUGAUCCCGGGAGAGAACUACAUGCACCAUUUUCCAUUCGUUUGAGAUCUCAGUAUUCCAACAACACCUUAGUUGCUAAAAAUGUUAUCCCUGUAGGAUGGAAACCUGGCGCAACGUAUAGGUCCAUGGUUAACUACUAAUAGUUCUCUUUCUUAGGGCAUCUGGAAAAGCGAUUCGCCUAGAGAAACGGUAACUUAGUAUGGAAGUCGUUAAUAUGUAAGUUUGAUAUUUGCAGUUCAGAUUCUCUUAUUUGUUCUUAGUUGAUUCUGAGAUGUGUUGUUCCCCUUGAUGGUGCCCCUUGCUUGUAAUGCAAUGAGAUCAAUUAUAUGAAAGAAAAGAAAGUGAUGUUUUUAUCUUGUUA